AUGUCCUGGUUCCGAAAGAAAGCCCAUUCUACCAUAUAUGCUCCAGAUCUCAUAACAGAGGCUUUGACAGUCGAGCUGGCCCCGAUGAACGAGCUGUUUGCCUAUGAUCCUACUGAAGGUGAUAAAAUAAUCCUGAUAAAUCUAGGUGUGGCCGCAUAUUCGGAUCCGAUCGUCAUUGGCAACCGUAAAGUGUUCCCCAAAGUGAAGAAUAAUGUCUUGCACCUUAAAGGCCUAGCAUACGUCUGUGGGGACAACAACACAAAUUUGUGCGUCACUCCACUCCUACCGACGCUCAAUAAAGCUACUAAUUUAGAUUCCAACGAUACAAAAGAGCUACUUCUUCCUAAUGCACCCAAAGAAACAAACAACUACGAAUAUUGCAUAUUUCCAACACCUGUGCUUCAGAUCCAAGCAUCUCCAUUCUUUCCUAUCAUUGCCAUUCGUUGCAGAUCAACGAUCCACUUUAUUAAAUUCCUGUGGCUGAACGAUCCAGAUGAAAAAGGUCCAACUCUUGAGACUCUUCCAUGCAUCAUUGAUGUACAUGAAUUGAGUGGCCAUGAAUUUGCUCAUAUCGAGUUUUCUUCUGAUGAUAAGCACUUAUUUUCGAUUAUAGACGUCCGUGGUAAUUUUGCUGUGUGGUCUCUACGUCAUGAUUCUGUCUGGACAACAGAAUUGAGAUACACGUCCGUUCCUUCAAACCAAGAAAAGUCAUCCAUCCCACUCACCAUCGCUAACUCGGAAGACUUAUCAGCCUGGAAAAAAAUUUGCUGGGACACACAAUCGAGUUCUCUCAUUGCAUUUAGUCGAAAAGAAGCGACAAUAUUUAAGCUUUCCGAGGGAAGGCCCAACUCGAGUCAAAAACUAAUAACGUCGGAUCUGUGGGCCAACAUCUGGGAUUUUAAAAGCUUCCUGAAGUAUGCUCUUCUUUUAACUUCGAGGGAGUUGAUCUUCCUUGAAUCCGAGAAAGAAGCACCAUUCAAGAGACUCCUCUCUUGGAAGCAUUUCCUAGACGACGAAGAUCCAUCAUUUAGGCUACAUGUCUGCGAGGCUAAAAGGGAAGAGCUUUUCAUUUGCUCUGUCUUUUCACAAAACACGCCUAUGGCCAUGAUUUAUACAUUGGGCUUCAACCAAGGGCGGCCUGCUCUCUUGUGUGAUCCGUACUUCAUCAGGACUAGUGAAGACUGUCUGACUUUCUUCUUUGACAGCAUAAGGUACAAUGUUGAUGACGAUAUGACGUUCUUUCAAGUUCAAUCAACAGGUUCAGGGUUACAUUAUAGUAGCCUUCAUGGCUCGGAAUCCCUUGAAUUGGCAUUAACCGAAAAGGCAACUCGUUCUGCCUCAACAUUGGAAACUGAACCAACAAAAGACAUUUUCAACAUGAUCUCUAUCGCAGAAGCUACCAAUGCAUUUCAUUCCUUUUCUACUUCUGAACGAAUGACACAUGAAAAUGAGGAAAUAAGGGAAGAUGACAAUGCAGAUGGGCCGACUCUGGUACAACUCGUUCAAAACUAUGCUUUUAGGCUUGGUAAUGAUAUAAAAAAGCGUCUUCGGAUUGAAGAGGAGCUCCCUAGUGAACACGGGACUCAAGAUUCUGAUGAAGUAAGCAGUAAUGGUUCAGCAAAAGUGCCAGACGUUUACAUCCCGAGUUUCACGCCAUUUGCCGCUGUUGCUGAUUGUGUGCCUCUUACCAUCGACGACAUGGAAGAGUUUGACUCGAUGGUCGAUCAACUAAGUGAUUUCUACAACAGCUGUGGUAUUGAGGUACAAAAGAAUGUUAAGCAAGCUCUUAAAAGCUUAUCCCUCGAAAGUGAACCAUCUGUGCAACAGCUUAAAGAAGCGUUGGAUAACGUUUAUACUGAUCAUCCCAACAAUGGCCAAGCUGCUAUGAUCUUAGCCAACAGUCUUUUCAAGGUCUCGAAUGAGGAUAUUGAAACCCGUCUUCAAAACUUGUAUCGUGAAGAGGUCAAGAAAUGUGAUCCAGAAUUAACGUCAAUGUUUGAUGAUUGGGAUAUACAGUUUCCUAGAGAAAGGGCCAAAUCUGCUCCACCAACAGUGGAUACAAAGAAGAGAGGACUUCUACAUCGUGCACUCACUCAAAACUCACAGCAUAUGUCACAAGCGACAUCACAGCUACCACAGCCUUCUCAAGCAUUCCCAGACAGCUCUCAAGAACUUCCUGAACCAUCUCUGUCACAGGCUAUCUCAAGAUCUCAGAAGAAGCUGGAUGUACCCAAGCGGCAGUCCCAGACACUCAAAAGGCCAGGCUCACAGAGCACAAGUCAACGAAAAAAGAAGAAGAAGGGUGGAUUUGCAUAA